CCUCUCUCCGCCACCGACUGUCUGUAUACCCUCUUGUCCGCUCAAACGCUCUCUAAGCCUCGCCUCAAAACUACGGGAUGCAAAGCGACGACGUAAUUUGGUCGGUGAUCAACACCCAGUUCUGCUCGUACAAAGUCAAAACCACAACACAAAACUUUUGCCGGAACGAGUACAAUGUCACUGGGCUUUGCAACCGACAAAGCUGUCCGCUGGCGAACUCACAGUAUGCGACCGUCCGAGAGAAGGAAGGCAUACUGUACCUCUAUGUGAAAACGAUCGAACGGGCGCACUCACCCGCCCACAUGUGGGAGAAGAUCAAGCUCUCGAACAACUACUCGAAGGCUCUUGAGCAGAUCGACGCCGAGCUCAUCCACUGGCCGAACUUCAUGAUCCACAAAUGCAAGCAGCGAGUAACGAAGAUCACGCAGUAUCUCAUCAAAAUUCGGCGCAUGCAGCUGCGGCAACAACCGAAACUCGUCGGGAUAAAGAAAAAGCUCGACCGGCGCGAAGCCGUGCGCGAACGCAAGGCGCUCUCCGCCGCACGGCUCGAGCGCGCGAUCGAGGCGGAGCUCCUCGAGCGGCUCAAGAGCAAGGCGUACGGCGAUGCGCCGCUCAACGUGAACGAGGACGUCUGGCGCGCGGUGCUCGACCGCGAGAAGAAGGGCAAGGAGCGCGCGGCGGACGCGGAGGAGGAGGAGCUCGACCUGCUCGACGACGAGACAGAUGAGGAGCUCGAGGAGGAGGGCGAGUGGGGCGAGCGCGAGUUUGUGAGCGAUAUGAGCGGGGAGGAGGAUGGGCUGAGCGAUGUGGAAGAUGUGGCGUCGGGUGAGGAGGAUGAGAGUGGGGAGGAUGAGAGCGAUGAUGAAGACGAGAGUGGGGAUGAGGAGUCGGCGGACAAGACAGCGCUGGGCAAGCGGAAAGCGGCGCCGAAGACGCAGAAGCCUACGAAGCGGAAACCAGAGAAAAAGGCACGCAGAGGGCCACGGGUUGAGGUCGAGUACGAGCAGGAGAUGGAGACUGUACCUCUCACGAAAGAUGUACUUGCCGCCUGGUAGUUCUCUUCCAGUGACUCUUCCUUUGCAUGUCCCUAUCACAGUUCUGUGCUUUUUUCAUGCA